GUCAUUUAUCAAAUAUGGCGGCUACGUGAGCCAUAAUUUAUUGAACAAGAUGCCAUGUACAUAGUUCACAAUGAAGAUUGAUAGGAGUAAAUUGAAGAAGAGUACUUCUGAAGUACCAGCAGACUGUAAGGGACUCAUCGAAAAAUUAAAGAAAUGUUCAGAAGAUGAGCUUCUUGGUGAAAUAAAGCAUGUUAAAUCAUGGACAUUUGGAAAGUGUGAGCUGUUUCACUGGGCUGAUGUCCUGGAUAAGUUUGAUGAAGUUCUGGAGAAAGCUUGCCGGCUAGAGAGCCCCCUACAUUGGAGUUUACCAUGCGACAAUACUGGAAAUGCAAAGUUAAAGGAGAUUUUGCUGCAUGUGCUGCAGUUCACAUCAUUAUUGAUAGAACACAGCUUCUCCCGUCAUCUAUACAAUUCCAUGGAGCACCUGACAUCACUGAUGUCAUCAAGUGACAUGACAGUUGUGCUGGCAGUCCUUAAUCUCCUAUAUGUCUUCAGCAAACGCUCCAAUUUCAUCACUCGAUUGCCUGCUGACAAAAAACAAGGCUUGAUUGUGCGUCUAACGCACUUGGCUGAGAGCUGGGGUGGUAAAGAAAAUGGAUUUGGUUUGGCAGAAUGCUGCCAGGAUUUGCCAUUAAAUACCUAUCCAUCUAGCGCUACAACUCUGCAUUUUGAAUACUAUGCGGAAACCCAAGAAGAAAAAUCUGCAAAAAAGCAAGUGGCUAAUGUAAUUAGCAGUAUCCAUAUUGAAAAUGUGGAUAAAUUAGGAAAAACUCCAGCUGAAAUCAUGGAGGAUAUUCUCCUGAAUUCAAAAGUACCAGAAAAUAAAAAGAUGUUGGUGUUUACUCACAUUAGGUUAGCUCACUCUUUCUCAAACUAUGCCAAACGUGUGCAAUGCGUGCAAGCCAGACUCCAAGCAAUCUCAAUAUUAGUGUACUCCAGUGCGAUACAAGAAAAUGUGAACACACUGUUAUACACUGGACUCAUCUAUGAGUUAAAGGACAUACUAGAGGUCAAUGACCCUAAACUAAUGGAAAUCAAAGCAGCAUCUCUUAGAACAUUGACUUCAAUCAUACACCUUGACAGAACAUCUCAAUUAACAGCUAUCAUUGAGUCAACUGGGGCGUCAUCCUACCAUGGCUAUCUUCCUGUCUUAGUGAGAGACUGUAUUCACCACAUGACAGACCCCAACAAGGAACCAUUUCCCCAACCAUUUGCCACAGCAUUAUUCUCAUUCCUCUACCACCUUGCUAGUUACGAGCCAGGUGGUGAUUCCCUGGUGUCAUGUGGUAUGAUGGAGUCACUGCUCCAAGUCAUCAACUGGUAUGCUGAGGGCCAGGAACAUAUCACUUUUGUGACUCGUGCAGUUAGAGUUGUUGAUCUUAUUACCAAUUUGGACAUGCAGGCGUUCCAGACAUAUCAAGGGCUCAAUGCCUUCAUCAACAGACUAGAGCAUGAAGUUGAGAUAUGUCGGAAGGACCAACCAUUUGUUAUUAAACCAAAGCGCAGUGAAUCUAUGACAAGCACCGGUUCAAACCCAAAUUCUCCUGCUGUCCAGGAAGAUAUGGAGACUGACCAAUCAAAUUCACCAGCUCCAUUGCCAAGUACAUCGAGUGAACAACCGGAGGCUGCUACUGUGUCAAAUCCAGGACCUUCAAGUGUUCUGUCAUCUGGAAAUGAUGCCUCGUCAGUGGCUCCUCCAGAUUAUAGUGCUGCCAAAACUUCAAUGCAGUGUUUCCCACAGAGAGCAGCCUUAUUGAAGUCAAUGCUGAACUUCCUGAAGAAAGCCAUACCUGAUCCCUCAUUUUCUGACAGCAUAAGACAUUUAAUGGAUGGUUCACUGCCUAGAUCUUUGAAGCACAUCAUAAGCAAUGCAGAAUAUUAUGGAGCAUCUCUCUUCUUGCUUGCCACUGAUGUAGUUACAGUGUAUGUGUUCCAAGAACCAUCUCUCCUAUCCUCCUUGCAAGACAAUGGCCUCACUGAUGUUGUCCUGCAUGCUCUCCUAAUCAAAGAUGUGCCAGCUACAAGAGAGGUCUUAGCCUCCUUACCCAAUGUGUUCAGUGCCCUCUGUCUCAAUGCCCGAGGCCUGGAAUCUUUUGUGCAAUGUAAACCAUUUGAUCGUCUCUUCAAAGUGCUACUUUCCCAGGACUAUCUGCCAGCCAUGCGUAGAAGACGAAACUCAGAUCCACUAGGUGACACUGCCAGUAACCUUGGUAAUGCUAUGGAUGAGUUGAUGAGACAUCAGCCAUCACUUCGGACUGAUGCUACAAAAGCUAUUAUAAUGUUAUUAGAAGAAGUCUGUGCAAUGGGUACAAACCCUCGCUAUGUUUGCCAAAAACCAACGCCAAAAAUUGAACAAAUCUUGAGCACUCGAAGUGCUGCAGAUGGAGCAUCGUCUGAUGAUGAGGAAGAUGAAGAAGAUCUGGGGAUGACAUCUCAGAGAACAAGUGCUAAACCAAUGGAGCUGAAUACUCCUGAAGUUGACAGUCAGGAGACAAUCGCUAUACCACUAAUGGACUAUGUACUUAAUGUGAUGAAGUUUGUUGAGGCAAUAUUGAGUAACAACACAACAGAUGACCACUGCAGGGAGUUUGUCAAUCAAAAGGGUCUCAUACCACUUAUGAAAAUUCUCAACUUGCCAAAUCUUCCAAUUGAUUUCCCUGCCUCCCCUUCCUGUAUAGCUGUAGCUGGAGUCUGCAAGUCAAUCUUGACAUUGUCACAUGAACCAGAGGUUUUAAAACAAGGCCUGAUCCAUUUGAAAGAUGUUCUAGAUUCCCUCCAGCCACUUCACAAGUUUCUGGAUGCCCCUGGUGGCUCAGUGUUGCUAAGGGAACUGGCUAGUAGCAUGGCUAACAACCCUGAAGGCCCCUUGACAGCAGCGUCGGCUCCCCUAUUACAUGCAUUGACAUCCUCACAUGCCUAUAUUAUGAUGUUUGUACAUGUAUGCAGGGUUGGUCAGAGUGAUAUUCGGAGUAUAUCAGUGAACCACUGGGGGAGUGACCUUGGUCUGGAGGUUCUGAAGGGACUAAGUCAGCUCUAUACGUCUCUAGUCUGGGAAAGCACAGUCCUACUGGCUUUCUGUAGUGAGGAAAUCCUCCCUGAGGGAUGUGACUUUGGCAGGGCUGACAUGGAGAAACUGCUGCCAAAGGAUGUACGUGAUAAGAUUGCCAAAGAGCAUAACUUGAAAAGUGCCACAGGUGAAAUGGGAAGUAAUGGUGUGAGUGUUGCUAUGGAAUCUUUAACAACUGCAGAAAGUCCUCCAGGUGCUCCUAUGGACACUAGUGAGGCUAGUAGUCCAACCAGCACUCCUACCCCAAGUACCACCCCACAUCAGGACUCAACCGAGGCUGCCCCAACAGGACUAGAGUCCAGUGGCUCAAUGUUGGAUAUUGUAGACACUAAAAAGUCCAAGAUAUCCCCUGUAUUACAAGCACAGAUAAAACAGAUCAAACCAUUAUUAUCAGCAUCUUCAAGGUUGGGACGGGCACUAGCAGAACUAUUUGGAUUACUAGUGAAGCUCAGUGUUGGCUCUCCCGUGAGACAACGCCGAGCCCAUCAGAUUCCUCCUGCUCCCACUGCCCCUACUCCUCAAGCUAGGGCUGUAGCAACUUCGCUGACUAAACUUCUGGCUGAGGGUCUUAGCUGGCAGCCACCUACUUGUUCCCCUGUACCAAGGCUCAAGUUGACAUUUUACAUCUGUUCUGUUGGCUUCACAUCUCCACUGUUAUUUGAUGAGAAAAAGUUCCCAUACCAUCUCAUGCUACAGAAGUUUAUCUCAUCAAGUGGCCAAGAUGCCUUGUUUGAGGCAUUCUAUGCUGCUUUGACAUGUGGAGGUACAGUGGCACCAAGUGAAGGCCUUGAGAAUUCAGCUUUACCAGAUGGUUCUGGAGAGUUCCUAGAUGCCUGGUUGAUGUUGAUGGAGAAGAUGGUGAACACCAAGCAAGUGUUAGAAUCUCCCCACACCUUGCCCAGUAAGAGCACACACCCUGGCUUUGUGCCAUUCAGUGGUCUACAAUACCUCGCUAGCACACAUAAGGCAGCAUUCAAUGCAGUGAUGAACUUAUGGAACAAGAAACCUCUGAAAGUCUAUGGAGGCAGGAUGUCUGAGUCAAUUCUAGCAAUACUGUGUCACAUUAUCAAGGGAGAAAAUACAAUCAAGGAGAAACUUACCAAGGAGAGAGAAGAGUCCAAACCACCAGUGAGUACUGGGACAUCCACAACAUCUACAGCUUCCUCUUCAUCAUCGUCCACAGCACCAACUAACCUUACAACCUCUGUCUCCACGAGUACAUCAUCAGCUGGGCUUGGAGGAUCUGGAUUGGUUGGUUCUGCUGGUGCAGCUCUACUAGGUGCUGCUUCUAGUUUAGGUAUUGGUCCUUUCAUUGAUGCGAUUAUCUCCCAACCUGGUGCCAGUAUAUCAGGGGCAAACCUUGGUGGAGCUGGCCCAAGUAGCAGCAGCAACAACAGCAACAAUGAAGCAGCCCCUAGCUCAGUACAAAGCUCAGUGCCACCUAUUGAGGCCUCCAGUAUAACAGGGAACACCAGUGAGAGCAGCUCCAGUAACAUAACACCCAGUACCACUCCGAAUGCUGCCUCAACUACACCAGCCAUUAAUGAGGAUCACCUCCAGCAACUUAUGGAUAUGGGAUUCUCCCGGGAGCAUGCAUUGGAGGCGUUGAGGAGAUCCCAGUCUCUCGAGUCUGCGACAGAUUAUUGUUUGACGCAUCCACCACCAGCUGCUAGGGAAGAGCAAGAGUUGUCUGAGGAAGAGCAGAUGUUAAGGGCAAUAGCUAUGUCACUUGGGGAGAAUGUACUCAUGGAUCAGACGCCACCUCCAGAGGCGGAAACGACUGAUGCUGUACCAGUAGAUGUUCCUGUCCCAGUCUCAGCUCCUGUCCAACAGGAGGCGCCACCUGCUGAGCAGCAAAUGACUGAGGAACAAGCUCGCAUUCAAGAAGAACAAGAACGAGCUAGACUUGAAGAAGAAUAUAAAAGAAAAGAAGAAGUGGAAAGGAAGCUGAAAGAGGAAAGGAAGAAACUGGAAGAAGAUACCAAGAGAUUGGAGGAAGAAAGGGAAAAAUGGAAGGAAGAGAAGAGAAAAUUGGAGGAGGAAAAGAAGAAACAACAAGAGGAAGCUGCAAGAGAUGUGCAGAGACAGGAAGACCCCUUAGACAAGGAAACACUUGACAAAUUCACAGAGGACAUACUACCAGGGUGUAUGAACCUAUUGGACACCCUCCCUGAGACUGUAUACAGAGUAUGUGACCUCCUUGUGGUUGUUACACAGAGGAAUGGCAGUUCUUGGUUCAAUGAAAUGAUCAUCACAUUGGUGCUACAGACUUCUGAACUUGCCUUGAAACUAAUGGAAGCAGCUCAGCCAAUGACAAUGUCCGACCAGAGAACUGUUGAGGAGUGGACUGGACAAUUGGGCUCAAUGCCUGAAUCUGCAAAACUGGCAACACGACUUCAUCUUUUGAGUCUUCUUUUUGAGGAGAUGAAGAUGGUUUGUGCAGACCGUGUAGAGGAAUCUGGUGUAAUGGAUCUGUUUGUGAGGCUACUAGAUGUCACCCAGCAGUGUCUCUCUGCUGGCAAAAACCCUCCCACUCCAAAAUGGAUGCCUGUCUUACUGUUGUUGAUAGAUGAAUUUGAGAGGGCAGCUGUUAUGUCUAAGAGGAAACAAGAGCUUAGCAAAAUAAUGACUAAGAGUCGUACAUGGAAGUGGUUUGAUGACAGGAGUGGACGUUGGUGUAACUACAGCAUUAGCAAUAAUAAAACUAUUGACGACUCCUACUUUAAUGGGGAUAGUAGUAUAAGGUUCACUGCUGGCAGGAGGCGUUACACAGUGCAGUUCACCACUAUGGUCCAAGUGAAUGAGGAGACUGGCAACAGGCGCCCUAUCAUGUUAGCUCUACCUACUAAGGAGGAGAAAGAGAGAGAAAAGGCCAGGAAAGAGCUUGACAAAGAUGAGAAAGAUGCCAAGGAAAGGCUGAAGAAGAUAAGUCCUACAGAUGAUAGUAAGGUAGAGAGUAAGAUGGACACAGAUGUCAGUGAGGAACCUCCACAGGUUGAACCAAUCCGUGGCCUCAUGCCAGACCAGCUUGCCUCUAUUGUAAGGACUGCAGUUGGUUUAAUCAGCAUUCCAGUUGAUACAGACACAGUGCAUGCCACCAUGAGGCUCCUGUUACGCAUCACCAGAGAUCACUCCUAUGCUUUACAGUUCGCUGAGCUAGGGGGACACAAGUUGCUGUUGUCCCUUACUCAGGCCUCAGCCUUCCAAGGCUUCACUUCCCUUGCAACAUUACUUCUUAGGCAUAUCUUGGAGGACAAUGUGAAUCUCAAAUACACAAUGGAAAAGGUGGUCCGUUCUUCAACCAAUGGUACAGGCUCCAGUGUGACGGGGGUAGCCCAGGGGUCAAUAGGCUCCAAGGAGUUCCAUUACAUCAUGAAGCUAUUGGCGCCAGCAGCCUGCAGGGACACAACAUUGUUCCAAGAGGUGGUGAAGGCCCAGUUGAGGAUUUCCUUACCUCCACCUUCUAAAAGAGAUGAAGAUGACAGUAGAUUCACUGGGCCCAAUGCACCACAGGUUCUCAAAGCCUUACCAUUGAAACAAACAGGUGCACCUAAUAUGGAGGGAGUUGUGAGAGACGUCAUCCAUGAUCUGCUCAAUACGCUUGUAGUGAAAUAUGACAGCGGGGAGGAAGAGGAAUCAAAAGCUCUAGUCUUGGACUCCACUCCUGGUCAGACAUUGGCUGAGCUUGGGGACAUAUUGAAUGAUGUCAUAGGCAGUCAUGUGCCUCGUUCUAUUGUGCGUCAAGGUAGUGCUGAUAAUCUCCAACAGGAAGACGAUUCAGUGCUUCCAACUAGAGGCCUCAUUCGACCUUCUUUACAGCCUGGAACUCAAGGGUCAUCCAGUGAUAAGAAAGAUGAGGAGAAAGAGGAAUCUGAGGAAGAACGCAAGAAAAAGGAGGAAGAAAAAAGGAAAAGUAAACCAUUAUUGCCAAAGUCUGCCAUAUUACGUCUACUUGCCGAGUUGGUGCGGUCAUAUGCUGGGUGUGCGUUACUAGUUGCUCAAUAUUCCUACAAUGUGGGACAGUCAGAUAUUAUUACGGAGGACACUAAUGUGCUCGCAUUUAUAUUUGACCACUUACUACCCUCCUGCCAAAAGAGUGGAGACAAGGACUGCCCAGCCCUAUCUAGGCUAUUAAUCUCCAGCCUUGCUUCAUCUAAUCAUUGCCCUGAGGCUCAGACUGUACUUGUAAAUGAGGUGAAAUCUGCCCUCCCCAGGGCCCUAAACCUGCCAGAAAGUGCAGAGAAACAUUCAAGGAUACAGUGUCUAACUGGGAUUAUAAGCACGAUGAUAGAGUCCUGUCCAGUGCCAGGACAGGUGCCUAACCAAGUGUUUAAAGGUCAACAGAAUACUAUGAACAAUAUGGUGAAAAUUAUGCUGAAGCGGGGGAUUGUCAGUGACCUGGCACGCAUCCCUCAUAGCCUGGACUUAUCCAGUCCUAAUAUGUGUUUGACAGUGAAUGCAUCAUUAAAGCCACUGGAGACUUUAUCUAGGAUAGUUAACCAGCCACAGAAUGUUGUACAGAAGCCCAACCAUAAGUCCAAAACUAAUGUUGCUGAGGAGGCUAGGAGUGAUAACACUGUGAAUGAGACAAGAGAAAAUAAUCCUCCUCCAGAUGUAACUGAAACAGCCUCUACUCAAGAACAAGAGGUUAGGACUCAACAACAGGCAGAAGCUGAGCAACCAGUUGCAAGCUCCCAGGCUACCACUGUAUCCACCACAGAGAGUCAGCCUAUAGAAGACCCCAGUCUUGCAGUUGUGGCUGAGGAUACGGAACAUACAGCCCCACAGGUUCAAGAUUCAGGUGUGAGUGAUGAUCAUAUUAGGGUAGAGAAUGAGUUGGAACAUGUGCUUGAUCAACUGAUUGACAACAGGAGGCAGAAUAGGAAUGCUCAACUGGAGUGUAUUCUCAUGGAGGAUGAUGAUGUGGUUGAUCAGGAGAAUGACAAUGUUAUUCUAGAUGUGGCUGGUGAUGACGAGGACGAUGCACAUGAUUCACAGAUGAUCACACAAGACAUUUCAGAUGAUGACAUGCCUGAACACACUCAAGCAGACCAGGAGGAUGAUGACUCAAACAGUGACGAAGAUGAUGACGACGACGACGAUGAUGGCCCAGAAGAUGAUGAAGAGAAUGACAACGAUGAGGACGACGAUGAUGUUGAAGAAGAGGAUGACGAUGAUGAAGGAGAUGACUACAGUGAGGGCUCUGACAUGGAGGGUAUAGAUCUCGAGGGUAUGGAUGAUGACUACCUAGACAUGGAGGAGACCAUGGUCCGCAUGAAUGAUGACGAUGAUCUCUUUGUACAACUGGAAGACAUGUUUCCAGCACAUGUUCCCAGUCAGCAUCUGAUAUUCGGAGAUGCCCAUCACUUGAGGACGUAUAACCUGCCAAUAAGUGUACAUGAUGACAAUAAUGGCAAUGAGCUUGCAGGACCAUCAGUACCACCCCCUCCCAGCAAUGUUCUCUCUAGUCACCCCCUGCUGAACCGCAACAGUGAUGCCCAGGGGAGCAGCUCCUCAUCCAGGCCAUCUGCCCAGGUCAGAAGACAGAGAGGGGGAACAUACAGGUAUAACCCCAGUACACAGACUCUACAUGUCCACUAUACAGCAGGUGGCCACAGACAUCCUAACCCACCAGUCAUCUUACAGAGGUUGCUUGGCCCAUCUGCAGCAGCUGAUGUAUUGAAUCUCUCCAGCCAAGUGGGUCACCUUGGGAAUGCACAUGCUCGGGAUGCCUUUGGUGAGGCUACUGGAAAUGGCUCUGCUGUGUUAGGGAGUAUACCUAAUGCCCUGGGACGUUGGAUGGAAGAGUCGAGAGUGUUAGAUGGCAACAGCAUGCACGAUGCGGUCACUAUCCUGAAGCCAGAUCUGUUGGGUGACCUGGAAAAGCAUAGAGAUUCUGAACUGGCUGACCGUAAGGAGAAGAGGAAGAAGACCGAAGGGGAGGAGGCUUCCAAGAAAGAAAAAGACGGCAAGGAUGCGGCUCAGAAGGCUGAUACUACAAUUGAAUGGAGUUCCCCUAAUAGCACUGCACAGACCCAAAGUACAGCUGCAGCAGCAACAUCAAGUCCAUUUGAGCAAUCUGCUACAUCAUCAGCUUUAACUGCAGUCAGCAAUGCUCUCAACUCACUUGCUUCUCUUUUGCCAUCAGCAAAUCCUACAAUACAAGCAAGAUCAACUGAAUCUGCAGCAGAAUCUUUAGCUACAGCCAUAGUUGAGAGUGUAUUGUCUACUUCUACAUCUGCUGCAACCACUGUUAGUAGUUCUGCUGGCGCUCUCCAGGGUGCACCAUUGAUGACAUCAUCAGUUGACCCUACCCUGUUACAGACUCCUGCAUCCCUUAUCCCUCAGACCACCCCUGCAGCUCCUCAGAUAGCCCAGCAUCUUGAUGAGCAGAUUGCACCGACUCCUGCCAUGGCAAACCUCCAGCCAAUGGAGACCCCUUAUCUAAGAUCUGAAGUACUAGAGACACCUAUGGAGACAGAUGCAAGAGGAGCUAAUGCCAACACCCAGCCCAUUGAUUUCUCUAGUAUACCAUUGCCACCUGCCACUCAAGGUGUGAGUGGUGUGACAAGUGGUUGGUCAAGUACAGAUACCAUUGAGCAGACUCAACAAGUGUUUGCUGAUGCUGUAGAGGAGGCAACAAGCAGAGUGUUCAACCCUCUCAUCACUCCUGAACCUUCCAGUUUUACCAGCUCUGGAGAUGCAGUCACUAUACACUCCACAGGUAGCAGCUCGGAGACACCUAGCACAGGUGAUGAGUCAUCUGACCAACCAGUGUCCAGUACAGACUCUGUCAUGUCAACAGCAACAACCUCAGUUAGUCAAUCAACAGGCACAGUGACGAGUACCACAGCUUUAGUGACGACUACUAGCAGUGUGACAGCGAGCACAUCUAGUGGGGCUGGCUCAUCAACAGGGCAGUCAGGAGGAGAUUUACCAGAGGGGGUCGAUCCCUCAUUCUUAGCAGCCCUCCCAGAGAGUAUCCGCCAGGAAGUGAUUGCAGAACAGUUGCGUCUCCAGCGUAUCCAGGAGCGUGCCCAAGAGCAGAAUCGACAAGCAGGAGAACAAGGGGCUGGAAUCGGGGAGGUGAAUGCAGAAUUCUUGGCAGCAUUACCGCCAUCUAUUCAAGAAGAGGUGCUGGCCCAACAAAGAGCAGAGCAAGCCAGACUUCAAGCAACUGCAGCCCCACCUAAUCCUGAGACACCUGUCGAUCCAGCAAGUGUCCUAGCCUCUCUUCCACCAUCGCUACGGCAACAGGUUCUGGCUGAUAUGGAUGAUAGCAUGGUAGCAGUUCUCCCUGCAGAGUUAGCAGCUGAGGCACAGUCCCUGCGGAGAGAUUUAGAGGAACGACAUCGACGCUUGAUGCAAGACAGAUUAUUUGCCAGUGCUGGUGCUGGUCAGUUGUCAGCUAUUUUACGGCAUUCAGGUUUGGCAGGUCGAUUAGGUACACGUCAUACAAUCCGUGUCCCCACAAGACAUGGUACACAGUGGACCUGGGGUAACAGAGGGGGGCAGGGCUCACAGGCCGCAAAUGCUGCAGCAUUACGUCUAAGAGGGCGUCACCUAUUGGAUCACGAAGCUCUAACCUGCCUCUUAGUGUUACUGUUUGUAAAUGAGCCCAGACUGAAUAAAAUUCGACUUCAGCGGGUGUUUAGAAAUUUAUGUUAUCACACCGCAACAAGACAGUGGUUGAUACAAGCUUUAUUGUCAAUUUUACAUCGGACUAGUGAGUGUAAAGUCGAAGGGGAAAUAGCAGCUGUUGAGACAGCUGGUCCAACUACUGGCAAAGUUAGUGAUAGACUGAAGAAAAAAUCUAGUCAAAGCAGUCAGCAUGUGGGGGGUGCAGCCAGUCAAAGUAACAGCCAAGAGGCUUCUGUGCCUGGUGCGUCAUGGAUGGAUUCACGCAGUGGCCAGCAAUCAUGGUUAUCUGUGAGUCUGGAUGCAGCUCUUGGCUGUCGGACAAAUGUCUUCCAAAUACAACGGAACAGCACAGCCCAUGGCAGAAAAAGUUCUAGCAAUUUAAACUGUAAUACAAGUGUUAGUAUUCACCAUCAGGCAUCUCCCAUGGUGUGUAAUCAUGUCCUGGAGGUACUCAUGACACUUGCUAAAACAUUUCCCAAUGAAUUUCUACCACAAUUUAACAAUAAGGCAAAAGAAGCAACAUGUGAUGGAGAUAAGGGAGACAAAGGAGAGAAAGACUCUGACCAUAAUAAAUCGCGGUCUAAUCAAUCCAGUCCCGCGAAAGCUGCCAAACAUGAUAAAUCCACUACAGAACAGCGAGAUAGUUCUAAAACAGAUUUAACAACUGGCACAGACUUUUGGGAUUUAUUAGUGAAACUAGAUCAAAUAAGUACCAGUAAAAAAGGAAAAGGCAUUCAGAAAACGCAUUCAAAUUCUCCAUCAGAAACAGAUAUGAGUGUAACAAACUUUGAAUCGUCACCGGUUGGUCAGUUGAUGAUGAUGCUGAGCCAUCCAGUGAUGAAACGCAACCAAGAGUUGACAGAUAAACUGUUGAGGUUGCUGUCAUUGAGUGCUAUGGGGAUAUACGAUUACAUUCAGAAGUACUUGCCCAGUACAGCCAGUAGCACAACUACUACAGCAACUAAUACAACAUCUAUAGCAAACAAUACAGGUGCAUCAAAUACCCAAACCACUAGUACGACUACAUCUACAGGCACUAUCACAUCUGCAGUGGCUGCCUCUCCUCUCAUAGCUCAAGAGCUGACACAGGGUGAUCUCAAUGAAACUAUGGACACAUCCUCCCCUCCAACAGACAACCUUACCUCUACUCCCGUUCCCAACAAACCUCCCAAAGAACUUGAUCAACAACAAGAGGAAGAAAAAAGGAAAAAAGAUGAAGAAGAGAAAAGGAAAAAAGAAGAACAGGCAAAAUUGAAGGCUGAGUUAGAGAGACCUGUUUUGGAAGCUCAAUUACCUUUAGCAGUACAAGUUCUAACUUCAAAAUCAUGUUCAGAUGGAGGUUUGGAGGAUGCGACUAAUCUCUUGCUUCAGAUAUCACGCUCAAAUAAUGCCACCCGCGAUUCUGUGCUCCAUCUCCUCAUAGGUGGCGCUAAAGACCUUGGUUGUACAGUUUGCGUCCACAUAAGAGCUCUACUGAGUGAGCUGAUAGAGUUGAACAGUAAGGUGAAGGGAGAAGGAGAGGAGGGAGAUGAGGACGGUGUAAACCAACAACAGCCUCAGAAAGGCAUCAUUCCAGACAGGUAUACAGGUACAAGCACAGUUGUGGCUACACCAGGUAAGAUGAAAGUUGGUAGUGAGCUGCAUCUGCCCUCUAUGAGUCUACUCACCAGUAACACAUCCAGCCAACAGUUCCUGCUACGUAUUCUAAAGGUCAUCAUACAGCUCCGCGAACAGGCUAAACUAGCUGCGAAGAAAACGAAGAAAUCUGAGCUGCGUGAGAUCAGUGAUGCUAUGGCAGUGAUAGAGGCAGAUCUUGAUGAAGACCAGAUGCUGGAGUACCAGGCCAGUACGUCUGGACCACCACCAGGUGGUAGCACUGGCUCUGGGGGUGCCCCUAGUAGCAGCUCAGUAGACAGCCCCAUGGAUGUUGAUCAACCAGGGUCAUCAGGGUUACAAGAGCAACCAAAGGUGUCCAGUAAGACAGAUAUAGAGAAUGUAUUACCACGCUUGAGUGAACAGUUAGCCUUGGAGGAACUCUGGGAUAGUCUUGGGGAGUGUUUGACUGAACUUGGGCGCACAAAAGAUCAUCAUGCUGUACUUGUUCUUCAACCAGCAGUGGAGGCAUUCUUCUUGGUGCAUGCAGGUGAGAAGGAUCCAAACAAACCUAAAGACAAUGAGCAACAGAAACGUGAAGAUCUCCUUACUCACUUGAAUGUGGACAUGUCUGCUCCCCUCUCCCCUGCCAUGUCUAGUAGCAUUGAUAACCUUGGGGCCCUCACCAGGGAGAACUCUGUGGUGUCUGUCAGUUCUAUGGCCAACUUACCACCCGAUACACUCAAGUUCCUAAGAUUUGCAGAGACUCACCGUACAGUCCUCAAUCAGAUCCUCCGUCAAUCCACGACUCCUCUUUCAAAAGGACCAUUCUCAGUCCUCGUUGAUCAUACCAGAAUCCUUGAUUUUGACGUGAAACGGAGAUAUUUCCGUCAAGAGCUUGAGAGAAUGGAUGAAGGGAUAAGACGUGAAGAUCUCGCUGUGCAUAUACGUCGUGAUAUGGUAUUUGAGGAUUCAUUCAGAGAGCUUCAUAGACGCAAUGCUGAUGAGUGGAAACAUAGGUUCUAUAUUGUCUUUGAGGGUGAAGAGGGCCAGGAUGCAGGUGGUUUACUGAGGGAAUGGUACAUUAUCAUCUCCCGAGAGAUUUUCAACCCAAUGUAUGCCUUGUUCGCCACAUCUCCCGGAGACCGAGUCACCUACACCGUGAACCCUCUGUCUCACUGCAACUCCAACCAUCUGAGCUACUUCAAAUUUGUGGGCAGAAUCAUCGCCAAGGCUAUCUAUGAUAACAAGCUAUUGGAGUGUUACUUUACCAGAUCCUUCUACAAACACAUCCUAGGCAUUCCAGUCAAGUACACUGACAUGGAGAGUGAGGACUAUUCCUUCUACCAAGGCUUAGUGUAUCUACUGGCAAAUGACAUCUCAAAACUAGGCUAUGACUUGGACUUCUCAACAGAGAUCCAGGAGUUUGGUGUGAACGAGACCCGAGAUCUGAAACCUAACGGUCGUAGUGUGCCAGUCACUGAAGAAACAAAGCGAGAAUAUGUGAAGCUUGUCUGCCAGGAGAGAAUGACAGGUGCCAUAAGGAAGCAGCUCAGUGCCUUCCUUGAAGGCUUCUAUGACAUCAUACCGAAGAGAUUGGUGUCUAUAUUUAAUGAGCAGGAGUUAGAGUUGCUCAUAUCUGGCCUGCCUACUAUUGAUAUAGAGGAUCUGAAGUCACAAACUGAGUACCAUAAAUACCAGGCUAACUCAUUACAGAUCCAGUGGUUCUGGCGUGCUUUACGCUCAUUCAACCAGACUGAGCGUGCUAACUUCCUACAAUUCGUGACAGGCUCUAGUAAGGUGCCACUACAGGGCUUCAGUCACCUGGAGGGUAUGAAUGGCAUACAGAAGUUCCAAAUUCACAGAGAUGAUCGCUCUACUGAUCGACUCCCUUGCGCUCAUACAUGUUUCAACCAGCUAGAUUUACCAGCAUAUGAAACAUACGACAAGCUGAGAUUUAUGCUCCUAACUGCCACAAGUGAGUGCUCUGAGGGAUUUGGUCUAGCAUAGAAGUUGCUGUAGUGACUGGAAGUUGUGAUGGCGUUGCUAUAGUGACCAAUAUAAGGCACUUAAAAAUAUUGAGUGAAGUUUUUCAUGACUGGAAUACCAUUGUUAAAGUAACUGAUGUGAAAUGGUGAUACUUUCAUUAAAGAAAAAGUGCUACAGUUGAGUGAUGUAGCUAAUGUAUGUGGAAAGUGAUAUUGCCAUAGUGAUUGGAAUUAUGGAGAGGUUGCUAUAGUGACUUGCUGUAUUUCCAGUUUUAAGAAUGACAUCGUAAAUGUUGAUGUUGCACCUAACAGAAAGAUACCAUUCUGAGUUUGAUUCAUCUCUCGCACGGUUGCGUAAAAUAUAUCGCGAAUAUGAUAAUUCCUAGAUAGUAUCAAGAAUGCAAAGUCGUAUUGCAAUAUGCAUUCAAUACAUAGCAUUAAUAUGCCUUGAGUAAUCAAGGGAUUAAAGAAAUGUGACCCCAACAUUGGAGAUUGUGUCUAUAGGUUAAGCUAUGAGUAGUUGGAGGUCACAUUCUACAUUUAAAUGUAAUAAAAGACGAAUUGGACUUCGUAAAUGGAGAGAAGUGUAACAUGGUAGAUUUGCUUUAUAUACUCUCAAAAGAAGUAAUCAAAACUUUUGUACAUUUUAACAAGGUAUGUGUAUACAGGUCUUAUAUUGGUUUCAAAUAGUUUUGGUUUCAAAAAUAUGUGCAGUAGAAAAAUUGUUAAGCCAUGAUUGAUGCAAUUAAAUUGGUUUGUGUUUCUAUUCGUUAUGAAUGAAAACUUAUUAAAAAAAUCAAUGUAGCAGUUAUCCUGCUUACUAUGAGUUCAAUGAUUUACCCAGUAAUAUUUAGCAACAGGGUGUCCAAUUUUUAAUAGGUUUAGCACAAGGUUGGUCUAAUGCUGGAAAGAUCACUGAUAUAAAAAUAUGUUCUUCUUGAUUUGGUCAUUCAUAACAGUCUUGACCUCAGUACUACCAAGAAAAUAGGUCCGUAUUUUAGAAUCAGUUAGAAAUGUCUCAUUAUGUUUUCUUUAGAGUCUAUUCUUUUUUUCUGCCAUAUGUGGAGUCUUGCAUCAAGCCCCUGCAUUCCCCGUUUCCUCUAAAAGAAGUGUAUAUUGGGGGAGGAUGUAGACUGGCAGGUAGAGAGUAAUUAGUAGUACUUAUAUCUGCACUGAGAACACUUAAUCCUGGUUCAGGCAUGGUCGAUACUUGAUGUGUCUUAAGAUGAUUGAAUAAUAAGGGCUGAUUAGAUAACAUUUGAACUAUUGUGUUACAUAUAUAUAUAACAACCUUAUACAACAAGGGAUAAUGGUUUCAUAGAAACAUCUUCAAUUUCAUUAUGAAUAACUGUUCAUGGUUAUUUGUGCCAACUCUUAGUCUAAAAAUAUGGUAUGCCAAUGUCUCUUGAUAUUAUUAUUGUAUAUUAUAAUAUAAUGUAAACGUGCAACUAAAAUGACUAUGUAUAGAACUAGAAGGCGAGGUAGUGCUUUCUUCGUGUUCCGUAUUGUAUAUAGAUUGAAAUUAUUGUUUACUAUUUCACAAAAUGGCAAUUGUAUGUUUUGUUCCCCAGAUUUGCGUUUAUGAAAUAUAAAAUAGGUAUUGCCACAAAAAUCGGUCAUUUGUGUUUUUGUUUGUUUUGAAGUUCUGUG